AUGGAACAUGAAGUGGAUGAUUUCUUCCAAACAUCAUCUCUGCAACUCACCUUCUACCGGAUCCUACUAUGUUCUGCUGUCUCAAGGAUGCAAAUCUCUACCAGCCGCUUUAGCUGCUCUAGCUUCUCAAGCACGCUGGGAUCUGCCCUCGGCCUGACGAUUGACGUGACACCCGAACCCGACUUCACCUGGAGCUCGAGCUCUCUCCUCGACAACUCAGACGCUACUAAUUGGCCCAUUGGGUUCAAGACUGAAGGUUCCCGCUUCGCACGCUCCGGCAACUUAGCAACACUCCAGCUUCAUGCCCAACCCCAUGUGCUUCGUUUUUGGAGAUGGGAUGACCCCUCGACAAGGGUUAUCGAGGAUCAUGCACCCCAUCUACGAAUAUCUGCCCGCUUUUGGAAAGGUCAACAUGGUGUCAGACAGCAGUUCGCCGUCCGAAAGCAAGUUGGCUACUGGCCGUCAGUUCCAAUCUCGACGCCUUCCACAAGUCAUCGCCUGCGGGGCGAGAUGCGAUGCAUGGUGCCGAGCGUGGUUGGCGUCGCCCGCAGGCAGAUGCCCUUUCCUUAUGCAGCAGUAAACUACAGAAGCUACAGAGUCGCAUCACGAUUUACCUUUGCGUUUAGUCGGCCACCGUCAAACGAAACACCUCUUACCCCUGCUGGUGGGCUGGGCAUCCAGGCGAUAAAGACCGGGGACCAGCUGCUGCCGCACCACUGCCCAAACCGGUCGACUGUCCUGAUCCUCCCGCAACGAUUUGGAUUUCGUCCGAUUCCGUCCCAUCCUCCGUGUCCAUUGUUGACCAGGAGCUGUACCGGUAACUUGUAUCUCCAGUCAGUCAACUGUACCACGUUCUUCUGCCUCGUGCAUUUUGGUGCAAACGCGGCUCUAUACAAAUACUCAGACGGACAGGAUCGUCCUGUCCCUUGCAUUGACGUGGCAGGCUGCAUUUCUCAAAUUACCGUCCAGAACCUGACUGGCUGGCGGGCAGUGUCUGCGAGACCGGACUGUCGAUGCUCGCCUCCCCACACAUCCAUCUUAAUGUCGUCGUCGCCAUCGCCUUCGCAUUUUACUGAAUCUCCAAUAUUUAUGCGCACCAAGCGGUUGGAUCUGAUGGCGCAUGGCUCAAGGGCGAGUCGAGGUUCAUUCAUCCACGAGGUUACCCGAAUAUCACGCAGCAUCCCUUGCCUUAACGAAGUUACCUUCAUCUUAAUACUUGACUGGCUCACUCGGCGGCUAUCCUCAGCCAUCGUCAAUGCAAGGUACGCACGUAUUCGAAUCUACCUUAUUCCACCAAGCUUCUGGGUCUUCACGCUUCACUCUCCAGCUUACUCACCCUUGUCAUCAAUUCACUCCAUCUUGAUUCGCCUGUCUCAUUGUAAUCAAUCAUCGCAGAUCUUCUAUCUACUUGUAUACAGGCGUUCCAUCCUCACUAUUCACUUGUCUUUGCCAUUGGAGAUCUCCUCUAUACGCAUAUUCACUUUGGAGCUUAACCUUACACCUACCCGCGGCAGAUCGGUGUUGGCAGUACCGAUUUUCAAGGCGAAUACCGUUUGCUAUGUCCUUAUGAAGGCGCCAAUGCCAGCAUUAACAUCGGAGAUGAGGCGCACGGCGUUUGACCGGGGUCUGCCUGCGUCAGCCCAAAUACAACCUGUCCGUCAUGAGCAGGCUGAACUUCUGAAUCUCUACUUGUUAGCCAGCUCAAAAUGCCCCGGCUCGAUUUGCCAAUUUAGUGGAUUCAGGGCUGGCCGCAAGUCAUGUCACUUGGCACCUUUAAGAUUUGCGUCCCCAAGAGCACUUUCGCAUCCUGAAAAAAUGCACGUGCUGAUGAGGAGGGGCUUGUCAAAUGUCGGCCAACUUCUGUCUUUCGAGAAUCAAUUAAGCCAAAUUGUCAUUCGUCUCCCCCGGUUCUGGAGCAAGCGAGCUGCCCCAUCAAGAAGAUCAGCCCGGGACAGCCCAGCCAGACUCGGCACUUGGGCCAUUAAUACCACGGUGGACAUGUUGUCCAGUGACAUCAUAUUGGGGUUUUCGCGGACUAUCGUCCGCUAUUUCAGUCAAAUACCAGGCGAACGUAGCCUCCCUUCUAUACCGAAUACAAUCACCAAAACUGUCGUCAAACCAAAUUCAUCGACAGCGAAGGAUAAGACCCUUUGGGCAGUGAACAACGAAGACGAUGAUGAGGGACCACAUGAUGGACGACCACCAGCGACGACUCCACGAACAAACAGCUCGGGAAAUUCGCGAAAAAGGCGCGACGCGUCUUAUUUAAUCUCACAGAACUCCGUCCCAUCUUCAAGUAACCCAUUACCCAACUUCAACUUGGGCCAUGCGGCCCAAUCCAUGAUCUCCCCCCAAAGGCCAACAGGGACGACCCUGGCUGGUUCGAGCAAACACGUUGACGAACCACCCGUAUCCGGACAUCGGAUUCCUGCCCAGGGAUCUUUCGUGUGCCGACCCAAAUGUGUGUUCCGCAGGGACGCACCAGCAGAGAGAAAAGUCCACGCGUUCGACUAUGCGAAAGUAGUGUUGGUCGGUAUGCGGAAUUGCGUCCAAACGGGGUUCCCGACGAUCUCGAACCAACCAGCCGGUGACCUGGACCAAGUUUUUGGUAACCACUUUGUUGUUGUUUGCUUUCAGUCUGAGCUCACCGAGUAUUCUAGAAGAUUUCCAAAGAAAACCCCGGCGGUGUGGAUCGAGGGACAAACCCGUCAAUGCAACGGAUCCGCAUGCCUGGUCAACUCAUUCGAGAGCAAUACCAAAGUCACGCCCAACCGAGGCUGCGAGAACUUUGAAGCUUUGUCCACGCCGCGCAUGAUUUGUCCAAUUCAUCAGCCUCGGGGGAGAGGCCCAUUAGGGAAAUUCUUUGAUGUCAGAUUCCCGUAUCCUCCGGGUUUGUCGGGCUUCAAGUCUCUUGUCAGCAGCGACCGCCUGUCUCCAUGGAAGUUUAUCGGAUGCCUCGCAGCUUGGCCAUUCUCGAACAACCUGCCGGAUCCGAACAGGCGUUGA